AUGAAACUCACAUGAUUGAUUAAAUUACAUGUGCUUUGCCACAGAUGUCCACAGUAGGUUUAAAGUGAGAGGGGUAUUUUGUGUUCUGAACUGUUAACCUUUUCAGUAAAACACUUUUAAAAGGGGUAAAACAUUCAAUCUUAGUUACACCUUUUCAUAAGAAAACUUUCAUAUAAUGGUUGUUUUAAAUUAAAUUCAUUAUAUUAAACUAUCUACAUGUCCCUCCUAAAAAAAUUAUCAGAUAAGUUAGAUGCUAUUUUAAAUGAGGAAGAAGUAAAAGAUGAAACACAACAGAAUCAUUCAGAAACCACUAAUGUUAGACAAAAGAAACAGAAGAAGCCAAAACAAAAUUUUGUAAUUGAUGAUUGGGAAGAUAUGGAUGAGGAAGAUGACACUCCAUUUUUGAGUGUUGGUAAGAACAUCAAAAUGAAGUCAGCUGAUCCUUUUUUUCCUAAUGAUGUUACUGCACCAGAAGGACCAACCAGAAAGUCAAGAAUAAAAUCAAAACGAUUAAAAGAGGAAGAUAACAACGGGAAUAAAUUGGAAGAGGUAAACAUAAAUUCAAAUGCACUACCUCCUGUGUUAAAAGGAUUAGAAAACUCUGAAGGCUUUGUUGAAGCCAAAAUGGUUGAGUUGAGUAAAAAGAUAAGAGAGCUAAAUGCUCAGUUGAGCUGUACCCAAAACAAACUAAAAAUAGCAGAAUCUCGUGUUGUUUCUCAAGAAUCGAUACAAAAAGAAAGUAUAGAGCCUAAAGAAAUAUCAGAAGACAAGGUAGCUAAGCUCGAAUUAGAGUUCAAAGACUUGAAUGAUAAAUACCAAGUGUGUAACACAAAGUUAUGUGAAGCUAGAAAUCAGAUUCAACAACACAAGCAUGAAAUAAAGCUCUUAAAUAAGGCUCUUGCAAGUGAAGUUGGUGAUAAUUUUUCAAUCCAUAACGUUACGAGUGAAGGAUGGAGAGGUAGAGCUCAACAGAUUUGCAGUUUACAACAAAAAGUAUCUGAACUUUCAGAAAAACUCUCAUUGACCAGCAUACCAUCUAUAGAAAAAUCUGUAUCGGCCGUGCAGUCAUUUGAAAAAAGUCAAGACAAAGAACGUAUAGCAUCGCUGUCAAAAGAACUUGAAGAGUUAAAAGUUCAGCUAAGUGAAACAAAAAGUAAAGGGGAUCAGGCACGGGCUAGAGUCAAUGUUCUUUCAGCAGAUAUUUCAGUUUUAAGGACAAAGUAUGAGACCCUGGUCUCAAAAAAUGAUGAAGAUAAUAAACUUAUUAACACAUUAACUAAUAAACUAGCACAUAUAUCCCAAAAAAAUCAUGAAAAAGAACUUCAUUUGGUUAGAGCACAUGAUGAUCAAUUAGCAGCUUUGAACACAGAACUAAAACAGGAAAAAGUGAAAACUGACCAACUUCAAAAGAUAGUUACAGAAAGAGAUGCAAGAAUAAAAAAAAUUGAAGAAAAACUCCAAGCUUGUCAACAGCAAGAAUGCCAACUAAAUCCCCAAAAUAAAAAUGACGGUGUUGUUUCAAGGCCUCAAACUUCUGGCUUAGGGUCUGAAAGGCCCUCUACACAACAAUCUUUGAAUAAUUGCUCUUCCUACAGCCAGUCAAUAGAAGUUGAAAGAUUAAGAUUAAUGGAACUUAUAACUGUUCUGAAUAAAAGAUUAGACGAAGAAAGAAAAACUCUUGAUAAAGUUCAGGUAAGUCUUUUUUAAUGUAACUUCAAAACAAUAUGCAUUGCAUUGUAAUUAUUAACAUUUUUUUUUGUUCUCCCCUUCUUCGACAUUUAGGCUGAGCGAGGGUUUUCUCGGGCCAGGGGGUAAGGGUGAGGGAUUAAUGCCAGAGAAAAGAAGCCCUCGGCACCGUAAUGUAUAAGGGCGCUGCAUGUCUGCAAGGACGGGUGAUAAUGACGUAUUGUUAUUACAGAUGCAUAGAACCAUCAGACCAAGUCACCGGUUAGCGACGCUCCUAGAUUGGAGCCUUACAUUGUUAUAUUGUUAUGCAACAGCUCUCAGUUCAUCUACCACAAUAUCCUGGCGGGCUAUAUAAAGCUUUUUCUUUCUUGUAUUUUUAUAGAUUCACUAUGGAAUCACUUACACCUGUAUUUCUUUUGGCCAGGCUUUAUUUCGUAUUUUUUAUUUGGGUCGUUUUAUACCAUUUACUUAACCUUCAGGGCAGGCGACCAUAUCUAUAUGUCUUUCAUUAGUGUUAGCGAGGGAAUUUAUCCAAUUGAUAAACGGUUACGACCAACACUAUCAAAAUUGUGCAUUCCCCAGGAUGGCAAAGGAUCCUUCACUUCCUCAUCCUGUCAUAUCUGGGCUCUUUUGAAGAUAGUAGUGCCUGGACAGUCUCGCCUCUCAAUGUGGGUUGGACUAGACUUCUCGGCCAUUUUACCAUACAUAUCUUAACUAUUUAUCUGACUGGGCUCAUAGUAGCCUACAUCAGCAACUUCCAAUUUAGGCUGCACAUAUUGUUUAAGGUUCUCUCCCUACUUCGCUCUUACAAUAUUUUGGUUCCUUGAGCAUCUCGUUGGCUACUUCUGUCUUAUGGUUGUUGAACUAAUCAAUUCCCUGAUGGCCCAUGAUUUCUUAGGUACGCCACAGCCAUGCUUUUACAUUCUGUUUAUUAUAUUCUUAAUUCAUUAUUUAAUCGAUAAGAAGAACACGUCAAUACCAAGCACUUACCUGACGACUUCUAAGGAGUUACAAUUUGCAUUUGUAUUUUUGACUGUUUUCAUUAAAUUUCACGUUUAUUGUUUAAAGAAUCAUUGCCCACAGUUUCAUAUGCUAUUGGUAAAAUAAAAUAAGCCAUUAGAGACAAUACAGAUAAGACGUGCGUUUUGAACUUUCUGAUUAUUCAAGAAGUACAAUACAAAAGUAAAAUCCGGAAAAUCGACACAGUUACCGAACUGUUCCUAAUUUCUCGGGUUAUAGGUACUGAAUAUGAAUAUUAUAUUUAAAAUUGCUAGUGUAGUUGUUUGCUUAAAGUCAGAGGGCGGUAGUUACAGUUUGAGGACUGGUAGAUAGGGUUGGGUAUCAGUUGUAGUUAGUCUAGCCCCGUAGCUUGAUUAGCUCAAGUAAGUCGAGUCAUGCUGAGUAUGGCCGGUAGCCGGUCUGUGCCGUUGCUGCUCAAGUUGAAGACUCGAUGUUAUUAAAAUAAAAAUAAUUCAUAUUGGCAAGAUCUAAUUUAAUAAAGUGAACAAAUGUUUAAAGUUAUCAGUUUUUAAUGCCUUAGUGACGCCUAUUACUUUUAAGAAUGUGAUAAUCACCAUGAACAUGACCAGCAAUAAUGUUGGUCCAGUAGGAUCAUUGUUCGGUAAUAUUAACUAAUAUUUUUCUUGUCAAUUUUCGAUAUUAUACGUAAUUACUUCAUCAGCUGCUGCCUUUCUCCUUGACAAAGUUUUCUUUCCGUUUAGAUUCUGUAAACUUCUUGUGGCCUCUUCAUGGAUACGGUUUAAUCCACUUAGACUUUUCGGACCGAAAUUCAUUUGCAGUUGGUUUUUAUCCCCGGAAGGAGUUUUCUUAUAAUAGUAUCUGUAGCUCCUCGGCUGCGCACUCUUGGGUUUGAUAUCCUUUAUUUUUUUAUUAACCUCUAACGGAUUGCACAUUCCUUGUGAUUCCAAAGUACCACCAAGUGUUUUCACCCUUAUAUCAGUUUUUGCCUUCGACUUUUUCGCUAAAGAUUUACUCUUUCUCGUGUUCAGAAUAUCAUUUAUAACGGCUUCAAUAGCCUUAUAAUUGUUAGUUUUGAAGUCCUCUACGUUAAAUUUCUCGAUAUAUUUGUUUGGUACGGUAAUAAAUCUUUUUUUCGACUUUUUGGACCUUGUAGUAGACGGUGCUUCGGUUGGUGACAACGUAGAUCCUUCCGCUGGAGUUCCUCCACCAAGACUUAAUGCUGCCAGAGACUCAACUACUCCAAUGUUAUUCCUCACUGUAUUGGUAGGUUUUUUACCAACGAAUGGUUUAUUGGAUAUCGGACGAUCUUUUCCAAAAUUGGAAAUCCAAUUUUUCAAUUGACCACUUUCCUCUUCCAUUUUAAAACGAAAUAAAUAAUAUUUUAAUGAAUUAAAUGAUGAAUUAGCUCACUCUUAAACAGUCUUGCUAUUGUAAUAUAAAUUUUAUUUUUAAUUGGCACUAAUGUUGACGAAAAUAUCAUUUAAAUUGAUUAAUAACCUAAUUUUUGUAUCAUGUGGAGUUCUAUUGUUAUAUGA